GCCGAAUAUUCCUCGCCAAAGUUGUAUAACGCAGUUUUUGAGUUGCUUUGACUUGAGUCCUUGUAGCAGCAGAUUUUGUCGUGCGGCUUCCUGAACCAUCUGGGACUUGAUCGUCAUCUGUUUCAGGUGUAAUUGCGGAAAUGAGUGCGUCUUCGGGUUCGCGUCUACCGGUAUCCAUUAGUCUCUAUGGAACGUUUGCUUGUCCUAACGCCAAUUAAGUCGGCACUGGAGUAAGUACAAUAACGUUAACGGGAAAAUUUUGGCGUAUCGAAACACAAGCAACUUAUGUUUUUGACUCCAUGAGACUGUAAAACACUUACUUUUCUCAAUUUUUGCCUCAGCCAUGAGCCCACGCUUACGAAAUUUGAUCAAUGGAAGUGUUGGUAUUUGAGUCUCUGGAAACUGAGGUGUAUUGCGGAGCACAAUACUGAGGCAUUCAGGAGGGAUAAUGUCAGCACGUCAGUCUAUACGACAGCGAUCAACCCCGUCCGGAGCAGACUCACUCAACGUCUCAAAAGAGCAGACUUUUGGAAGUGCCCAGUCACUAGCCAGAGACAUGUCAAAGCUGGUAAAUAGAAAGCUAUUCAGUGACGUACUCUUCUUCGUUGGACCGGACCGCGAGAAGCUGUUCGCUCACAAGUGCAUUCUGUCAGCUCGAAGCGAAGUAUUUCGUCAGCUGUUCAUCUCGGAACCGAUGAAAGCGUCUUUUGAUCUAUCUUCGGUGAAGCCGGUGACAUUCCUGUUGCUGUUGUAUUUUCUAUACACGAACUCCAUUUCCUUUGACAAGCUAGAUAUUUAUGAGGUGUUUGAUGUGAUGAAGGCCGCGGAGGAUUACAAAUGCAACGAACUUGCCUCUCUUGCUGAGACUCAAUUGGGCUGCCUCAUCGAUCCCAAGACGGCGUUCGAAUUCUUACCGGCGGCAUUCACACUGAAACGUGAUUUCCUCCGAACAGCUGCGCUGGAAUACAUCGAAGAUUACAGUGCAUCACUAUUAACACCAACCAACAGUGAUCUCCUGAAUCUCACUGCUGAAGCCAUGAAAUGCAUCUUGGAAAGCGACUCAUUAGAUUUGGAAGAGAUGCGCGUGGUUGAAGUGGCCUGCUUCUGGGCAGAGAAUUUUCUACAGCGUGCAAGAGAUUGCAGUGCCAAACUAGGAGGAAGCCAAACCAGAGCCUCAGUUGUUAACAUUGUGCCCCUUCGAGACGAAAGCCCGCAAGUGUCCUCGGAAAUCACUUUAACAGACCUUUCCCAUGAAACGGAGGUGCCACAUUCCGGUUCGGUAACAAUGCAACAAGCCAUGGAGGAAGUUGCCAUGGUGAUGAGUUGCUUACGUCUGGCUCUACUGACGCCCAACGAACUUGCUAAACUAGAGGAGGAGCAGAGACGAAACAGGCUAAUACCGCAACAAUGUUUCAUCAAUGCGUGGCGUCAGCUGGCGAUGAAUCCCAACGCGAUUGCAGACGGAGCUGAGAAGCAAGGAAUGAGUGCCUCGCGUAAAGGCACCGUAUCAAGAUUGCAUCGCAAAAAGCCAUUAGCGGAAUCAAUCAAAAGAACUAGAUCGCUGAUUGGAAGAGUCAAUGAUUAGUUGUCAUGUGAAAUCCGGCCAUUCAAAUUGUUCAGGUCAUGACCACAUUCGAAGGACAAACCAGAGACGCGUGCCAUAAUACCCUUGGGAAUGACUUUAUGCCAUUUGUCUUCGGCUUUUUUGGCCUCGCAACGUACUCAAAGUCAAAUAAGCUGGUUUUUCCAGGGACAAGACAGUUUAUAUGGGUUCAUUAACACCUAAUAGGAACGAACGACUAUGAGAGCUGAUAGGUGGUACAAAAGAUGCGGACCGUUUACGCAUGAAAAGAGCUGCGGGUGGCUGGUAUACCAGCCACUAAUUGAUCAAUUCUCAGUCCUAAUGUCAGAUUAGUCCGACAGGGUUGGAGAGGAGUGUGCGGAGAUCUUCCCAUUGCGGUGGAGCACGUUGAUGAGGGACGAAACACAGAUGUUCAGUCGGUGCCGAGAGUGACGAGGACGAGGCAACCAAAUAAUAUCCACGGCUCUGGUUACCACGUGCCGGAAAUGGUACCAACAAGGAGCAGCCAAAAGCGCCGUAGGCUGACACAUGAGUAUAUGUCCAUGUAAAAUAUACUACCUACUAAGUAUGAGUAGUAUAUUAUUACCAACCGUAAUAGUGCAGCCCAUCACACCAUUAGGCAGACGGGAAAAUGCAUGGUAAGUUUGUAUAAAUUCC